AUGAAACUUGCCUUCACUUUUAGUUGCGCUGCACUGAUAUUGGCAGCUAUCGUGAAGGGGGGCUCGCUAGACUACCACACGGCACUGGUCGCCAACUUUGCCCCAGGGAACAAUCUCUCCAGUGACGCCAUCGUGCCCUUGCUCCAAGACACCAACCAUAGCGUAUCGGCUAACUUGCCGUCAAGUAUCAUUCGGAACAAUGCUACCUACGCCCCACACAACAGGAUAAGUAUCGUGCCCAAAGGCUCUAAAACGUACGUUGCUGGUCUUCGUUCUACCCCAGAAGGCAGCAAUUUCUGUAGUGCUUCUCUAAUUUCACCGACUCACCUCCUCGUUGGGACCUACUGCGUCGUGGCCGACGUACGCUGGGCUUCGGUCGGUUCGCACUACGCCAAUGGUACCCAAGAAGGUGAGCAGAUCAAGGUCAUCGCGAUACUCAACCAUCCAAACAGCUCGGUUGGGGCCUUCACGGACGAUUUCGCAGUUCUGCUUCUUGAGAAGCCAAGUUCAUUCAAACCGAUAGCGUUGGCAGCCUCGGAUGAUUCCGACGUCAAAGACGGUGAGUGGGCUGCCAAAAUGGGCUGGGACGAUACAGGCGGCGAAGGAACCAUGGCGUACGAACUGACGCGAGAAGAUGUACAGUUGAUGAACAACGCGAACUGUCUCGAAGAAACCAACGUGGAUGAUACCAGGCUGUGUUCGCGAGAUUAUUCUAAUGUGACAUCAUGCACGGGUGACUAUGGUGGCCCAGUGGUGGUGGAGCGUCCGAGUGGUGACGUAUUGGUUGGGAUAUCAAGUUGGGGUGGCGAUUGUGGUAAACCUGGGUAUCCUAGCAUUUACUCCCGCGUGUCGAGUGCUCGAGCGUGGAUUGAGUCUGUUACUAACGGCGUGUGCUAUCAUUGA